CUUUUCCAUGCGGUUGACGACAUGAUCCACCUUCUACGUCCUUCCACCGCACCCUAACUCUAUAAAGUGGUUCCACGGGGGCCUGCCCGGACACAGAAAAUUGCGUACUUUCGAUUGGCUGUUUGAUACCGAGAAGAUCGAGUGAAAAAUGUCAAGCACUCAAGGUCAGGUCAUCCGCUGCAAAGCCGCGGUGGCGUGGGAAGCGGGGAAGCCACUGUCUAUCGAGGAAGUGGAGGUGGCGCCGCCGCAGAAAAUGGAAGCUCGCGUGAAGAUUCACUUCACCUCCCUUUGCCACACCGAUGUUUACUUCUGGGAAGCCAAGGGACAAACUCCUCUGUUUCCUCGCAUAUUUGGGCACGAAGCUGCAGGGAUCGUGGAGAGCGUGGGCGAAGGCGUGACUGAUCUCCAACCUGGAGACCAUGUUCUUCCCAUAUUCACCGGGGAAUGCAAGGAGUGCCGCCACUGCAAAUCAGAGGAGAGCAACAUGUGUGACCUUUUGAGAAUCAACACCGAGAGAGGAUCCAUGCUUAGUGAUGGCCAAACAAGGUUCUCCAAGGAUGGAAAACCGAUACACCAUUUCUUGGGAACAUCAACCUUCAGUGAGUACACCGUCGUCCACGUUGGUUGUCUUGCCAAGAUCAAUCCCGCGGCGCCGAUGGACAUAGUUUGUGUACUCAGCUGUGGAAUAUCCACAGGAUUUGGUGCAACUGUGAAUGUUGCAAAGCCAACCAAGGGUUCCACAGUCGUCGUUUUCGGUUUGGGCGCUGUUGGUCUUGCCGCCGCUGAAGGAGCUCGAGUUUCAGGGGCUUCAAGGAUCAUUGGUGUCGAUUUAAACACAAAUCGUUUCAAUGAAGCGAAGAAAUUUGGUGUGACUGAAUUUGUGAACCCAAAGGAUCACGACAAGCCUGUCCAAGAGGUGAUAGCCGAGAUGACGGAUGGUGGAGCAGACCGUAGCAUCGAGUGCACAGGGAACGUAAAUGCGAUGAUAUCUGCCUUCGAGUGUGUUCAUGAUGGGUGGGGCGUGGCAGUCCUGGUGGGCGUUCCAAGCAAAGACGAUGCCUUCAAAACUCACCCGACAAACCUCCUGAACGAGAGGACACUCAAGGGGACCUUCUUCGGAAACUUCAAGCCACGCAGCGACAUCCCCAGGGUUGUGGAGAAGUACAUGAACAAGGAGAUGGAGCUAGAGAAGUUCAUCACACACAGAAUUUCAUUCUCGGACAUUAACAAGGCGUUUGAGUACAUGCUGCGAGGGGAGGGCCUCCGAUGCAUCAUCUCCUUGGAGAAUAAUUAACCUGCUGCAUCUCACUCAAGUCACUAUUACUAUUAUACUAAUACAAUUUUGCAGUAUGCAAUGAGAGACGCCGCACAUUAUCAUAUGAAUGAGGUAGCUCAGGUUGGCUUGUGCAGAGGCUUAGUACUUACUAGUAAAAUGUUAUAAUUGUAUCUAUCCUUGAUAUGUCUAUAUAUAUAAUAAUCGAGAGGGAGAAGGAGAGGGUUAUUAAGCGGCAGUAAGGGUGACUUAUCUGUCUACUUUUUCACUAUUACCCAGAGUAAUAAAUAAGGGAGCAGAGUUGCUGAGGGCAGGGGUGGGGUACAUGAUUUCUUGCAGUAAAAAAAAAAAUUGGUCCAAGUUCUUUGCUCCAACUAGGUGUUGCAAUUUGGCCGCCGGUCCGGUUUUA